AUGGACUCGGUCUACUGGGACGAUGGGGACUUGAGCUUCUUGUCCGAUGACCCGCUGAAGGAUGCUCUGUUGUUGUCGUCAUCGUCGACCGCCACUAGCUCUCCCGCAUCUCCGCUUGACCUUGACUUGCCGCUCAUGUCAUCAUCAGACGUGUCAAGCGUGUUGGAUGGCACCCCUGUGUCGCCUCUACCACCCCUGUCAAUGGACAGUUAUUGCGAUGGUGACUCUGAUGCUGGCUGCUACCCAUCCUUUGUCGGCAGACAGACUGCACUAGUGAUGGACGAGAUCAGCUAUGCACCGCAGACGCCGGUCCUGGCCCCGUGUCCCCGGCCGUCAUUGCCAGUGGUUCAGGCGGUGACAACAGCAAUGCCGACGAUGAAGAAGACUCAGCAGCAGCAGCAUCACCAACUGGUGAAAGAGGAGCAGGAGGAUGAAGGAGUAGACAAGGAAGAAAAUCAACCAGCGCCGUCGUUCCGUGUCUUUGUUGAGAAACGGUCCCUGGAGGACACGCUCAAGGAGGAGCUGGUGAAGAAGGUGAAGCAGCUGCCGGCGCAGCAAGUUGCGCAGCUGCUGACCAAUGGGCUCACUGUGGGUGCGGAACCUGGCCCAAUAAGUUCCGUCGCGGGCGGCGCGUUGUUGCCCAUCAUUGGCCCAGGCGGUCCGCGGAUGGGCCACAAGCAGCACGCCAUUCUGGGUGCAACCCCGAUUCAAGUGCCGGUCCUGUUGGGCAAUGGGCAGUACGCCGUUGUGACAACAGCUUCACCGCCCGCUUCAACCACCAACACCCUGCAGACUCCACCAGGCAGCCUGACCAUUGGGCACCACCAGAACCAACCCGCACUCAUUGUGACGAUGACUCCGACAACAACGGCCAUGGUGGGAAUGUCUGGGAGACAAGACGCGAGCGGAGGAGUAGGAGGACCACAACAAAUACUAGUACAACAACAACAGCAACAUCAUCAUCUCCUUUCGCAACAGGGGACAGGGUUUGGCCAGUCCCAAUUGACCAUUUUGACGCCCACUACGGCGGCAAGACUAGGCAGCAGCAGUGCGUAUCAACAGCAGCAUCCGGUUGUGAUUGCGCCUCGUCUGGCUCCUGCACCGCUUAGGGAAAUUAAGACGAAGGAAACCAGGACGCAAGUUGCCAAGAAGCGGAGGAAGAAGAAGGCGCCUGGAGAUUGGUCGCCAACUUCCGUCAGAGGUCACCAGCAGUUUCAAAAGUCAUCCGAAGGCAGUGGCGUGAAGCGCAAUUCCCACAAUGCCAUCGAGCGCCGUUACCGGAGCUCAAUCAACGACAAAAUCAAGGAGUUGCGUGACCUUGUUGCCGGUAACGACGGCAAGGUGAACAAGUCGGCCAUCCUGCGGAAGGCUAUCGACAAGAUACGCCAUCUCACGGCCACAGCAGUCAAGCUGCGUGCAGAGAACGCGCAACUGCGUCAAAUGCUGCUUGACCACGACAGACAAGCAUCAACAGCCAUCCUGGUGGGAACCAGCAGGAGAGAUGAAGGGGCCAGAGGAAGAGCACGGAAUGAUGCUGAUGAUGAUAUGAUGGCAACGGUUGAUGGGAUGGCGGAGGAUGACGCCCUUUCGCCGCACGACUCCCUCCUCCUUGGCAGUGGUGGCGGUGAUGGUGGCAUGGCCAGUCCACGAAGCAUCAAGAGCAACACGAGUGCUGGCAGUGAUUCGGGACUCGACGACCCGUCAUCCUUCCUGCCGGUCUCGUCGGGCCUGAUGGACAGGUCGCGACUCCUGCUCUGCGCCAUCCUUUUGUUUGCCUGUGUUGUUGUGGAUCCCUUGCAGCUUGUGCAAUCCUUGAGCGGCGUGUGGACAACAACGGACCCGGCGGCAGUGAUGAGUUCUGUGAGUGGUGGCAUGGGCAGGACUAUUUUGGCUGGCAGUGUGAUGACGAAAACAACGACGGACGAGGACCACUAUUACCGCUACCAUCAUCGUGACGACGGCAGUGCUGGCGGCGGAGGAACAACAACAACAACAACGCUGGGCUGGGCAGCUGACGUGGCCACUGCCUGGGCUCUCAACGUGGUGCUUGGGCUAGUGGGUCUUGCUCUGUUGCUGGUGUAUGGUGAGCCGCGGUUCUGUGUUGGAGGCGGCGGUGGGCCCGGCCAAGGACUGGGUGCCGCCAAACCCUUCUGGGACCAUCGACAGCAGGCAGCCAUGUGUCUGGCUGUGGGGGACUACUCGGGUGCUGGCCGGGAACUGCGAUUGGCGCUGCAGGCGUGUGGCCGUCCGCUGCCUGCCACGCGGUUCGACCUGGCCGCUGCCCUGGCGUGGCAGGCGCUGCGACAGCUCUUUCAUUGGCUCUACAUUGGACGGCUCUUGUUGCGCUUGUCUAGGGCUGCAGCAGGCAGAAGCAUCACAGCCCUCCAAAUAUCCAGGGAAUUGGGAGAGGAGAUGCGUCAGACGCACCAAGAAGUGGCGCUCAUCUAUCAUCGCCUGCAUCAGCUCCACCUUACUCGCUUGGAUAGUGGUGGCAGCGGUGGGUUUUGGUCGCACGUGCUGGGUUGCACAUUGGCCCUGGCGGCAGUGAACCUGGCUGAGGCUGCAGAGGAAUCGGGAACGAUGAGGACGAACAGCAAAAACAAUGGUUCUCUCGGCAAGGACUCGUUUCAACUAUCGUUGGCUGAGAUUUAUGUAACGGCCGCCUUGCGGGUGAAGGAGUCGUGGCGUCCCCGAUGGCUCUGCGGAUGGGCAGAACGGUUGUAUCUCAGCAAGGGACGUCGGGUUGUGCGCCGCGUGCUGACAACAAAGACGAUCACUGCGAUUAGCGCUUUUUCUCCUGCUGCUUCGUCUACUUGUUCCUCUUCCACCGACCACAAUGUUGGUGGUGUUAGCGGUGGCAAAAGUCUCGUGGGAGACCCCUUUGGCGGCGACAGGAGCAGGAGUGAACAAGUGCCUCCUGUGCUGCAGUGGUUGUGUUCGCCGGCUGGCCACCGGUUCUUUGUGGGCCAUGCUUGGGGCUACAAGGCGCAGGCUGAAGACUCGUUGUUUUCCUUGCUUUCGGCACGGGCAGACCCGCUGGCUCACGUGCUGCGCCUCUACCGGGACCACUUGCUGGAAAAGGCGCUGUACACACUGGUUCGACCUGGAACGGACGAGGUGUCUGGAUGGUGGGCUGCCCUGGUCGGAGUGGCUGCCCAGUGGCUCCUGGGCGACAUGUCCGAGGCGGAGCGGUUGUAUCCGGCCGUGGAAGCCAUUCCGUCUGUGCUCAAGACCCACGUGGAGGAUCCCCUGCCCCGAGCUGCACUGGCUGCCUUCCGCGCCCGGCGUCGACAUUACGACCUCGUCUUUGAUGCCAAUUGCACGUUAGUUGAGCAAGUGUACGACGAGUGCGACCGUGCUGGCCAGCUUUUGCGCCAGAGUCUCAGCGUCAACUCGCACCGUGACGACAAUUUCAUGCUGCAGACUGCUCAACUGCUGGUGUGCGAUUGGCUGCUGGAUUGUCGGACGGCAUUGUGGGAAAUGCAGGAAGAAAGAAAGAGAGAAAAGCAGGUUUUUUCCGUUGCCCCAGCGCCGAUGCCUGCCGUCCGUGGCUUCCAGUUUGACCUGGCCUCGUUGCGAAUCAUUUCUCAGUAUAUUCCUCAUGCCAUGUCCAAGGUGUUCCUCUAUGAAGCCGUGUCCCGUCUCAUGGCCGGGGCGGCACCGGGCAAAACGCAGAUGCUCUUGGAGCGGUCGCUGAGGCAUCGCCAGGGCAAGGUGUCGGUCAUUUGCAGUCGAGGUACGGUAGAGUGCAGUACCUGCAGAUAUAUA